UGGGCUCAGGUAAUUCUAUUCUUGGAAUUAUCAUUGAAACCAAAAGAGCGCCUUAUUGCAAUGCUGAAAUAUUCUCGUCCAAUUGGUACCGAUAAAACAAAGCGCUCAUUUGUUGUUGCUAGAAAGAUUAAGGUAAUUAAUUUCUCUAUCAAUUGA